GCUUGGCUGUGUACUUUGUGUCACAACCUAUACUAAAGAUGAGGAACUUUAGCUUCCCAGAGAUGUCUGUGUUUACCUUCUGAAUGUAGCUGAGCAACCUAAUGGUUCUAUAUUUGCAUUGUUAAUUCAAAGGACUGGAACAGGUUUCAAAUGCACUGAGACCUUGGCCGAUCGAAAUAUUGAGAGUGGCUGGCCUUGGAAAAUGAGUCCUUUUCUCCUGUUCUUACUGACAGAAGGAUGAAACUAGCCUGCAACUCCCCUUUGCCUUUUCUCACCACCGACCCGCAAUGGAAAUAUCUAACAGAACAUGACCCUCAAUACGAAGGCGGGAAAAAAGUCAAACUGGCAGGCAAGGAGUUGAUGUCGGUGCCUCAGCAGCUCUUCGCGCUGGAAGGAUUGCAGGUUUUGGAAAUGAGCCCGGAACGAGAGAGCUGCCUGAGGUAUCAGAUGGAUCUCAUCCCGCGUGAAAUUGGCCGCUUGAGGAACCUGACCUUACUCUACCUGGAUUCCAACAAUCUGAGAGAGGUUCCAGUCGAGAUUGGCUCCUUGGUCAAGUUGGAAAGGCUUACCCUCAGCAACAACAGUUUGACUUCUCUGCCUGAGGAAAUUGGAGGCCUCCAAAGACUCCGCAGCCUCCACCUGGCUAAUAAUAGCCUGGAAGCUCUCCCUGCCCCCCUUUGUCAGCUGAGGAACCUGGUCUUCUUGGAUGCCUCUGAUAACCACAUCAGCACCAUCCCGAAUGCCAUCUGCCAGCUACAGAAACUGGAGACACUGCUACUGCUUUUCAAUUCCCUCAGGCUCCUGCCAAGGGGCUUCUGCUCUUUAAAGGCCUUGAGCACCCUCUGGCUAGGCCAGAAUAAGCUAAAGGAACUUCCAUCAAACUUUGGUCAGCUGGUCAAUUUGGACUGGGGCUUGAAUUAUUGUUCGUGCAAUUUUGAAGGGAAUCCAUUGGCGCGCCCACCCCCUGAGGUAUGCACCGGAGGGCCUGCUGCGAUCAGAGGGUAUUUUGCCUCACAAAGGGAGUAGAAAGUGUGUGUUCUGUGAUGGAUGGAUUGCUCGUCUGGGAGGAGGAAUGCCUUGCUUUUGCUUAAAACAGCUACGGGAACAGGUAUAUGUUCUUCUCACAAUAUGAAUUUAUAAAGCUGACUAUAUCUGAAACCUUCACGUGGAAUCACUUUGGGCUCAUCUACACCUGCAGCCCUUUGGGGAGGGAGGAGGGAGGAUCACAAGUUUUCCACUUCUGGGAUCGUCCCUCAGGGGCUACAUGCCAGCAAGUUGUCCUGGAAGUAAAGAGAGAGAUUCCAGGGCUCCAUUUAUUCAAUUUUUAAAAGAGGAGACAGGCGUAAUCCUGCACAAAGGUGAGUGUUUUUUGUUUUGUUUUUUUAAAAAAAGAAACCUAAAAAAACUUGGCACUAGAAGAUGCUGAGCGCCAUCCCAAAGAUGGUGAAAAUGCUCUCCCCCUCACCCUCGAUGUCCAUGGACUCUCUCUGCACAGGUCCAUGCCUGUUUCCUGAGCACUGCUACUCGCAGAGAAGAGGAAGGAUCCCAGGAGGGAGAACCACACCUCCUGUGGAGCUCAGGAUGGUACUGAGAUGGCAGAAAAAAGCAGUCCCAGAUAACCCGAGAGAACUGAGUCCUCACCCCUGGUUCACCCUGAGAUCAGCUGUGCAUCAUUUGGACAUGCAGGGAAAACCUCCUGACCACCCCGGGAUAAAUGUCAGGUGUAGAUUAGGCUGCUGGGGUGACAGAUAGAUUCAGUCCCAGUAUAGAAGACACUUACAAUACCUACCUUUGGAUUUCAUAUAUAUAUUUCUGGAGGCCUUUAGGUGAAUGGGUGUUCUCUCCAUGGUGUGUUGUUCCUCCUCAAUUUGCAAGUAUAGUUUUAUUUUUAAGAUUUUAUUAGUUUCCCAAAACAAAAUCAUCAAAGAUAAAACACACACACACAUACACACACACACACACACACA